CUCUCUUCCGCACAUUCCUCUCCUUCCCGCAACACUCUCAAGACAACUUCAUAUCACCAAAUGGCAGCCAGGAAACGGAAGAACGCCAACAAGCACGCUAACCACAGUGAAUCCAACGGACAUGCCAACAGCAAGGAAAACGAUUCUCACAGCAUACAAAGCAAUGAAGCCGCCCAGGAAAUCAAGGACGCUAUUACAAAACUCUCCAGUACCUUGCCGAAGGAUACUAAGCUCGAGGUCAGGCACCCGUCCCUCAGCCGAAAUCCCUCUGUUUCAAACUACCUCCACCAUGCUUUAUUUAUAUCUGAAGCAGAGGCGAACGAGCGCAAGAAGCUUGGUGCAGGAACUCGUCGUCGAGUCAUUCUUAUGCUCGGAAUCAUCAUCGGUAUGGGUCUCACGACCUUGCUGAUGGGACAGACCAGGGACGCGGCUUACAUUGAGGCGUUCUCGCACUACUUCCAGGACUUUGAUCUGGCAUCGAUGGUACCAACUGGCAUGAUUCCGGAAGAAUUCAUUGGGAAUGUGUCUGCCAUGUUUAAGCCAGAGAUCUUGAUGGAAGAGGAGUUCUACCCUGGCGAGGAGCUUCGUCAACAUCAUGGUUACAAACCCAAAUACCCUGUAACGAUGAUUCCAGGAAUUGUAUCGACCGGCCUCGAAUCUUGGUCGACCACGCAUAAUUGUUCUCAAAAAUACUUUCGCAAGCGCAUGUGGGGAACGACAACAAUGUUUAAGGCAGUAUUGCUGGACAAGGAAUGCUGGAUCACCAAUAUGCGUCUGGACUCGAAAACUGGGCUUGAUCCUGAGGGUAUUCGCUUGCGCGCAGCUCAGGGGCUUGAGGCUGCCGAUUAUCUCGUACCUGGGUACUGGGUAUGGGCACCUAUCAUCAAGAAUCUAGCAGCAAUAGGAUACGAUAACAACAACAUGCAUUUAGCUUCUUACGACUGGAGACUUGCUUUUUCUAAUCUGGAGAUCAGGGACAACUAUUUUUCAAGACUCAAGUCCAGCCUGGAGCUGUCUCUCAAAGUUACAGGCGAGAAGCACGUUCUAGUGGCUCAUUCUAUGGGAUCCAAUGUCCUAUUUUAUUUCUUUAAAUGGGUCGAGUCCGAGAAGGGCGGAAAAGGAGGUCCUAAUUGGGUCAAGAACCACGUUCAUACCUUUGUCAACAUCGCUGGUCCCAUGCUGGGUGUACCAAAGACACUGGCCGCUGUGCUCUCAGGGGAAGUCCGAGACACGGCUCAGCUUGGAGUCGUUAGUGCUUAUGUCCUCGAGAAAUUUUUCUCCAGAAGGGAACGCGCAGACUUGUUCAGGAGCUGGGGCGGCCUCUCUAGUAUGAUACCUAAAGGUGGAGACCGCGUCUGGGGUACAGUUAAGGGCGCACCUGAUGAUGGAACUCACGAUGAGGAAGAGACGCUGGUGAACGAAAAGAUAGCAAAGAACCAGGAGGCUCCCGGAGCAACUUCCAAGGAUAAUUGGGGCGGCAAGAAAUCACCCUCCUUCGGGGCGAUGCUGGCAUUCGCAGAGGGUUCUGACAUGGAUCACCACACAAUGGACGAUAGCAUGGUUCUUUUAUCCAAAAUGGCUGGGGUCGAUUACAACAAGAUGCUGGCUCAAAAUUAUACCGUUGGAGCUUCUGUCACCAAGGCAGAGAUGGAUAAGACAAACGAUCUCCCAGCUAGUUGGACUAACCCUUUGCAGGCGACUCUACCGAACGCACCCAAUAUGAAGAUUUACUGCCUAUAUGGUGUGGGCAAGUCGACUGAGCGCAGCUAUACAUACAACCGUAUGAGUGACUUUACUCCUCCAAUUUUCGACCAACGACCGGGCAACGUCUCAGAUGAGACCGGAAAGAUCCCCAACAUUUACAUCGAUACCUCAGCUCACGACGACAAGCUGGGCAUCAGCUACGGUAUCCAUCAGGGCGAUGGAGAUGGAACGGUGCCAUUGCUGUCGACGGGCUACAUGUGUGUGGAAGGAUGGAAGAAGAAGCUGUAUAACCCCACGGGGAUCAAGGUCAUCACACGCGAAUUCACCCACCAGAGCAGCCCAUCUCCUGUCGACAUCCGAGGAGGCAAGAGAACAGCAGACCAUGUGGAUAUCCUGGGCAACUACCAGGUCACGAAGGAUCUUCUUGCCAUUGUAGCUGGACGUGACGGCGAUGGACUGGAAGAACAGAUCUUCUCCAAGAUCCGCGAGUAUUCUGACAAGGUUGACCUCUAAUCCAAGAUACGUACUGUAUCCACUCUCUUCCAACUGCACAUACACAUGCGCCCACACAAAGGCAUGCGUAUGUUCCUAAGCAUAGCACCGAUCCAUUAUCAUAAAAGCGUUUAUUUACUCUGUC